CGCUAGAGGUAGCCAAUGAGGUGUCGCUAACGUCCUAUUACGUGAUGUCAGAACGCCAAAAAAGCGGAAGCGUUUUUAUAGGAAUGGAGGAUUUGGAGGCGCCAUCAGCAGGCUGGAGAGCCACAGAGGAACCGCGGAGCAAGAAGUGGCAGUGAUGGCCGUGUUGUGGAGCUCCAGCUCAGUAGCAGAUCUGUCCCUGCAGGACUCCUCUCUCCAGCUCAAGCAGGAAGCAGUAGAUGAGGAAUUUCAGGAUUUCUUUCCUGGCUCUUUCCUGCCUAAAAUGCCACCCGUGUCCACGCUGAUGCAUCCCGGUGAUGAAGACGCUGCUGAAGCGAGACACUUGCCACAGGGAGACGUGAACGGUUUGAUCCUGGACAUUAAAACCGAACCGGAUCUGUUGGAUAUCGAUUCGUUUGUAUACGGCAGUGAGCGCGCCUCGAAAGACGGGUGGGGUUGUGACUCUGACCAGGAGAACGAGUACACCCUGGAGCAAAGCGACGAUGCUGAGGAUUACGAGGACGAUCAUGCUGAGGAUGAUGAGCUAGAUUCGUUAACCAUCGUUAAAACGGAGCCUAGCGAUGAGUUUCAGUCAAACUGUAAAACUGAAUCGAUCGAUAUAUUGAGUGAAGAAGAAGAGGAGGAGGAAGAAUGUGAUGCAUCACUGGAGGAAAAUGAGGUGGUAAACUUUACAGGUGAGUGCUCCUACCUGCCCUCGGCUAAAGGCUUCCGAACCUGCCCCGAUUGUGGAAAGGUUUUCACCAACUCGUCCUCCUACAACAGACACAUGAGGAUCCACAGCGGUGAAAGACCUUUCCAGUGCCCUCACUGCAACAAGGCCUUCACUCAGUUGUCGUCGUUUAAAAACCACCAGCGGAUACACACCGGGGAAAAGCCUUAUCGCUGCUCCGAAUGCACAAAAAACUUCAGCCGUUCGGACGCUCUGCAACGCCAUCAGAAAACCCAUACGGGGGAAAAGCCGUACCAGUGCGCCCACUGCCCCAAAACCUUCGCUCGCUUGCACGUGCUCCAGAACCACCAGUGGACCCACACGGGAAUCAAACCGUACCAGUGCUCGCAGUGCGGCAAAACUUUCUCUCGUUUAUGCAGCUUUAAAAUCCAUAAGAGACGGCACACCGGGGAGAGACCCUACCUGUGUGGGACCUGCGGAAAACAGUUUGUGGACGCCUCCAAUCUUAAGAAUCACCUGAGGACACACACCAAGGAGCGUCCGUACCGGUGCUCGCAGUGCGACAAGACCUUCAUUCAGCUCGGCCACCUGACGAGCCACCGGCGGAAAAAACACAGCAUAGAGACGGUAACCGUAUCGGUGCUCUGAGUCGGUGUGGGAGGAGUUUCACUUCCUUAACCUGGUCACAUGACUCUCUCGACUGCACUUACUGCACUACAUGAGGCACAAGUUCAUGACUGUUAGAUUAUACAAUAUGAUUAUUGUAUAUGAUUAAUUUCUCUUUCUCUCUGUGUAUGUAUUUGCACAGUACUGUAUUGAUAAGUUUGUGGACACCUGACCAUAGCUUCUUUCUGAACAUCCUAUUCCACAUUUAGUCCUCAUUUGCUGUUAUAAAAAUGUUCCAUUCUUCUGAGAAGAUGUUCCACUAGAUUUUGUGGAGUUCAGCUACAAGGAUGUAGGUGAGCGAGGAGGUCUGGGGUGCAGUCAGUGUUCAUAUUCAUUCAUGUUCAAGAGGGUUGGAGCUCCAUAGCUGGAGAACUUCCACUCCAAACCAUGUUAAGCAGAUCUUCAUGGAACUGGCUUUGGGCACAGGGUCUGGAUCAUCAUGCUGGAACAGGUUUGGGUCUCCUAAUUCAAGUGAAAAUUUCGACAUCCAAUUGUUUGCAUUCAACAAUAUCAGGUGUCCCAAUACUUUUGGCAAUACCGUAAAGCGGUCAUUUCUUUUCUCCUCAUUCAUGAAAUUUCUAAAGCAAGAUUCGAAAACAAUGUGACUUCGCUUCAUUGUAUAUUUAUUUAUAAUCUACUAAUUCAUUUCAAAUGAUCUUUUUUUUUUGGUAUUGUGCAGUAAAAGAUAACGCAAUAACCUUCUGUUGAAAUGGUGUUGAAAUUGUGUCCCACAUUGAGGAUUGUUUUGUAUUUUUGCUAAAUCACUACACAGGUUCUUGUCCAUGAGUGUGUAGAUUUGAGUUCAAAUAAACCCGAGUUCAGAUGUACAGAGAAAAA